CGCCAUCUCUGAGCGCCAACGCUCAUAGCUCUACUAGAAAUACUGCGCAUGCACAACGACUGUGGCUUCCUCGAAACGUCUCCCCCUAAUAUUAGAACGAUGGGUGACCACAAUAGACCCAGACCCGCUAUAGAGAGGCAGAUAGCUCCAAGACAUAUUCUGCAACGUGCCAAAGGCUUGUUGACAAGUACUGGCAUACCCACGCUGGCUACGCAGGAGGCACUUCAAGUUGUGGCGCAAGACGUGUCUCCAGACACGGAUACAAUCUUACACACGAAGAAUCUGCAUGAUGGGAACACGUUCGGAGAUUCUAUCAAGAGAGGUUUUUUGAAGGCGAGAACUCCAAUUGUGAAGUCUAUAUCCCUUCGAUCGAGGAGUCGAGAUGCUCCGCGCCGUAAUAGGAAGGAUGGUCAUUCUGACUCUGAUUUAUCAUGUACCCCUCUUCCCACCUCAACUAGCAUGUGGAGUACGCCUAGCACAGUCUCUUCUACGUCAGAAGACUCAGAACAGCAACCGACUACGCUUGUCGUGCCAAAUCUACCAGGCACAUCGAGUUCUACGGUCGUACCUAUGCAACGCACCACUGAAAAGUUGUCCGUGGCCGACGGGACUGUCCCUUUACUGCUAAGAGAAGGAGUACAGAUGACUAAAGUCUCUCCUGGAAAGCAGAAAAACUAUAUAUUUAAACUCGAUCCCGACCAAGGUCAGAUCAUAUGGCAAUCCAAGAAACUGCGGAUCAUUCCAAUCGAGAAUAUCAAGGAGCUCCGCUUCUCGUCUGAAGCCCGCUACUAUCGCCAACAAUUUCAACUUGCGCAGGAUUAUGAAGAUAGAUGGAUCACCAUCAUCUACAUUCUCAGUGGCGCCUAUAAAACUCUUCAUUUGAUUUCUUCAACUAAGGACGUAUUCCGAAUGUGGGACAUAACACUGAGGAAGCUUUACGCAAUACGCCAAGAACUCAUGACGGGUCUUGGGCAUGAAGAGAUCAGGCAUGCGAUGUGGGAGAAACAGUACUGGACGGCAGCGGACGAGUCAGGAGACCAGAAGUUGCACUUUGAUGAAGUGGAGAAACUCUGCAGACGCCUAAAUAUUAACACCUCGACAGAGGAGCUGAAGCGGCUGUUCAAGCAAGCGGACACGAAGCGUCAAGGUUUCCUUAACUUCUCCGACUUUCGGUGCUUUGUCAAGCUGCUCAAGGCGCGCCCAGAAAUCAACCUCUUGUAUAAGAAACUGUGCUUCUGCAACGACGGGCUAUUUGAUUUUAGCGUCUUUGAGCAUUUCAUGCAUGAUACUCAAAAGUCUGCAUUGUCCCGCCCUGAGCUCUUGGACCUGUUCACGCAUUACGCCAAGAAACCGGAUGGUGAGAUUCUGCCAUCCGACGUCAGCACACGAUUCUCUCCAUCAUCGUCGAAAGGAUCCGCAUCCCCGCCCAUGGAAAGAUUACUUUCUCCCCCCCUGUCAACUUCUCCCCCGUCUGACACUGUACUCUCACAGUCCGUCGCCGUCUCACCACCCCCCAUUGACACACCAGUGGCACAUAUAACUCACAAACUUUCCAUGUCUUCUCAGUCCUCCACAUUGCUUAUGUCGAUUGAUGGAUUCACCUCAUUCCUUUCGUCUUCUAACAAUUCAGCCUUCACUGACCAGCAAGGCAAAGUAUGGCAUGAUAUGACGCGUCCACUUUCGGAGUACUUUAUAUCUUCCUCGCACAAUACAUAUCUUAUCGGCCAUCAACUCGUUGGUUCUAGUACAAUCGAGGGCUACAUCCGGGCUCUUCUUCACAGUUGUCGUAGUGUAGAAGUCGACAUCUAUGAUGGUGACACUGAGCCGAUGAUAUUUCACGGAAAGACCUUCACUUCCAAGGUUCCAGUGAGAGAAGUGUGCGAAGCCAUUGCGAAGUACGCUUUCGUUACAUCUCCAUACCCUGUCAUCAUAUCUGCCGAAAUCCAUUGUUCGGUACCGCAGCAGGAGAUGAUGGUGGAGAUCAUGCGCGAUGUCUUCGAAGACGCGCUUGUCAGUGCACCUGUGGAAGGAUGCCCAAAGUUCGAAGUUCUCCCAAGUCCAGAGCACUUGAAGGGAAAGGUAUUGUUGAAGGCAAAGAAUCUCUAUGUCUCAGAGAACGAAUCCAUCCGUACGAAAGAAGUUAGCGUCGACACGGAAUCCUCUUCUACGGAAACGUCCACAGACUCUGAUGUCGUUCAAGACGCCAGGGACGAACGUACGAAGUCCAGGAUCUUUGAAAUGGACGCUAUCAACGAGGUUAAGGACGAGUUGAAGAAGGCUCGCAGUCUCUUCGAUCGUGUUCGUGGUCAUUCCCACAAUAUGCCUGGCAUAGCUGCUCUUGCUGGGUCGGCUGCGACGACCUCCAUAGCGAUGUCUGAGCCCUCUGCUCGACCGAAAUCCCGUGACGUCAGCAAAGUUAAGAUGUCGGCCGCUGUCGUGGGCCUCCUCGUGUACACUGUUGGUGUGAAGUGCAGAGGUAUCAACAAAAAAGAGCACUACGCCCCGGAACACAUGUUCUCUCUCUCAGAGAAGACAGCUAACAAGGUGAUCAAGCAAGGGAUUAUGGAUCUUAUCAAACACAAUCGGACACAUCUGAUUCGAAUAUAUCCAAAAGGUUUGAGGGUUAAUUCGUCUAACUACUUGCCUCAUCGCUAUUGGGCGGCGGGCGCGCAGCUCGUGGCUAUCAACUGGCAGACGUUCGAUCUGGGUUACAUGAUCAACCAUGCCAUGUUCCAGCGCAACGGACGAGCGGGCUACGUCUUGAAGCCUCUGGCCCUCCGUACACCUGACAAGGAAAUGCUAUUGCGUCAUACCCAACACUCGCUUGACAUAACGGUCAUCUCCGCACAACAGCUUCCUCGUCCGAAAGACUCUCUCGGGCACGAAAUCAUGGAUAAGUCCAUGGUGGACCCAUACAUCGAAGUCUCUAUCCAUGUUCCGGAAUGGGCUCACACCCCGUAUUCCCAGUCAUCCUCUUCUUCUGCAACACCUUCACCCUCCUCAUCUGGCUCUACCGGGAGACUACUGUCCAGACGCACCAAUGCAGUCAAGAACAAUGGCUUCAACCCUGUAUGGCAGGAGGCACUAAGCCUUCCGUUCGACUGUGUUGGGGACAUGUUUGACUUGAUCUUUGUACGCUUCGCGGUGCGCAGGGAUGGCGAAAAUGAUGAAGAGCCGAUCGCUGUCUAUUGUGUCAGCCUUGGAAGUUUGGCGAUGGGCUACCGGCAUCUCCCCCUGCACGACACGCAACUCUCCCAGUAUCUCUUCUCCACUCUUUUCGUAAAGUGUGCUGUCAACUAAAUGCUCCUCACUUUACUUCAUCGUAUAUCCAUGCCUCAUUUUCAAAAAGUUACAAGUGGAAUAUAUAUCACGCAGCAGGAAUAGACUUCAGACGUCAUUAAUUAUAUCGUAGACAAGAUAUAUAAAUAAAUUG